AAUUUAAUAUUCUCAAUAAAAUGUAAACUACUAAAGUGCUAGUAUAAUUUGUCUAGUCCCAACGAUAAUUUCUAAUAUUUACUAACGAUAAUUGAAUUAAUAUUUAAGUUUCUCUGUGUUAAAAUCUACAAGACUAUAGAUGUACAUUGUUAUGGCUAACAAUCUCUUCGAGCCGUGAAAAGCGAUUGUUCAGUGCGUUCACCUCUAGUGGGCUACAUCUUUCAAAACAGGUGAAGAAAAUCUUGCUAACAGGCAAUUACGGGGAAAAUGGAAUGGAUUGACAAUGCAGAUGCGGUACAGGUUUCGGUUGACGAAGUAGUGACGAGGAAAUCUGUGAGUUUCUUUUCACAUUACUAGUUCGAGUCGGAAUUCACUCGUUGGAAAUGGUUCUGAUGUCAACAAGUAACUUAUUCGGUUUUAAUUUUAUUUUUCCAAUAACAAGCGUAUUACUACUAUACAAGCGCGACACAGGCGUACAGUGUAAAGUAGUAACGAUAAAAAAAAACCCAAACAAUACGGUCAUGGAAUUGAGUACGUUUUCAUCAUAAGAAUUCCGCCCUGUUUUCGUCGUACUCCCCCUCUUCCAUGGAACAACAAGAGUGCAUAGAUUUGGUGCAGUCAGUGUCUGCUGCUGCCGAUAGUUUCACGAUUAUUGUCCGAUCUGCCAUUAAAUUCUGCAGCUUCCGUUUUAAUCAUUAUAAUAUAAUGUCCGUACUACAAUCUCAGACUUAUGUAUUCGAUGUUAAUAUGAGCUGUGACGGUUGCUCAAAAGGAAUUGAGUUAGUAUUAGAACCUUUAAAAGGUAAUGGUGUUGAAAAAUAUGAAGUGUCAUUUGAUAAGAAAUUGGUUCGUGUAACGUGCUCAUCACCAGUGACAGCGGAGGAAGUUUUAACAGCAAUACAGAAGACUGGCAAAGUAGCUACUCUGAUAAACAUCGAACCUUUAUUAACUAAAUAGAAUUAGUUUUACAGAUAUGUUUUUUACUUAUGUUAUAAUCACGUUGGGUUAUAACAUCUUAAUUUCUUAUAGAUAUAUUCUGUUAGUUUUCUGUGAAUUUUAUUAAUUUAAUACAUGUUAGUAACUGUAAACGAAAUUAACUAUUUAAGUAUAUAAAAAGUAAAGGCUAUUAAAAAAAAAAAGUAUAUAAAAAAAUAAAAAUAAAAUAUUUAAUGACAUAAAAAAUUUGAGUUGAAUUAAGCCAAGCAGAUUAAAGUUAUUAUGUAAAUAUUAAUACAAGUGUUUGAUUUAUGUGUAAUUUACGUAUGUCUGUGAUAUGUUUUUAAUAAAGAUAAUGUGUUAAGUUUAAUGUCCCUAAAAUUAG